UGUGAUUGUCUCAGCAUCCAGUCUCCACACUUCUGAGAUAAAGCGUAGCACUGCAGCCUACCUCUGUACGCCACAUAGGAACCAUUGGCUGAGCAGUCUACUGCAUCUGGUUACAGCAGAGCGGAAGAAUGAAGAUUACCACAGUAAUACUCUGUCUGGUGGGAGCAGUUUCUGCCAACCCAAUUUUGCACAGAGUAGACAUGGAGCCAUGUGUGUCUGAAUCAAAUGCGACCCAAAGUUUGUCUGGCUCACAAUCGUCAGAUCAAAGUGACACUUCAGAACUUCAGAGCUCUGAGGAAAACACAUCAGAAGAUACAUCUGAAAACCAGACUUCAGAAUCCGAGUCAGAGUCAGAAUCAUUGGAAUCCAAUUCUGAUGAUGAGAGUUCUGAAAAGAGUCAGAGCCAAUCACUCCAAGACACAAACACGUCACGUGAGAUGGGUGUAACCAGUGACAACAGCCUGGGCAGUGAGGAGAACAUUCGCAAGAGUUGGAUCCGGAUGUUUGCAAAUGUCAUCCAAGUUCUGAGCCCCAAGGUCAACGGCAGUGUCAAGGUCAAAGGUCAACCAGAUCAUCAGAAUGUUGAGGAGGGAGAACAACUGCACACCUCCAUUCACACAACCACUGCCAUGACAGUCAACCGGAAGGGCACCACAGUACCAAGCAAUGGAGACAUCUUUUUGGUGGAAAGUAUUUCCCAACCGUUAGAUGGUCAAAUUGCGACCAUUCCCAGAGAGGACCAUGAUGACAGAGAAGGUUGUGAUAUCAGCAAUGUGCCAAAGGCUAACACUGACUCCAGUGAGAGCAGUGAGACCUCUGAGGCCAGUGACAGCAGUGACACCAGCGAGAGCACAGAAAGUGAGACCAGCGACAGCGCAGACACACAGCAGAUGGAAACCAGGGACUGCCGGGGAGGUGUCGAUAGCACUGCCUGCGACAGUGACGAGUAUGUCUUCCAGGACAUAGGUGAUGACGCUCAUUACCCAGUGGAACACCUAAUGAUGCCAGAAGAGGUGCAUGAAUUGCAUCUACGGAGAUAAUGAACAACUUGAUGAACGUCUCUCAAUCCUACACUGCAUUACACAUAGAGAUAUUAAGCUUUUUCAUGUUGUAUUGUGCUUCAGUACCUCAAUUCAUGGUCAGCUUUAAUUAUGACUUCAAACUAAUGUUAUAGAUAGCAGGUGGUCAGUUUAUAGGCAUCUGCAAAGUUUGAAAUUAAAUGUA